AUGAUCGAUUUCUCUUCGUCGAUUUUCUCUUCGGAUUAUUCCGGAAAAUACGACCAAUAUUCGGAUGAUCUCUCGGUGUAUUUCGGUGAAGGACGACUAGGACUAGCAUCUAAAACAAUAAAAACAACCAAAAAUGAUUUGCAGGCCAAGUUAUUAGCUGAAGAGAAAAUCGAUGAAGAGAAAUCGAUCAUUGUAGAUACGCCCGUAUGAUACUGAGCGCGAGAAUUGGUCUUAUUUUUGCUGCUUGCCAUGGAAUGACGAAACAGUGAUUCCCCAUUACUGUUUCAUUAUCAAACGUAAACCGGAUGUGUUGUGGAUCCCAUUGAGCAUCGGAACAAACUCUUUCGCAUUCUACAACUAUCAGUCCACUUGAAUCAUUUGAUGCUGCAGGGAUGCUUAUAAUAGUGCUUUCAGUUUUCCUGUACAUCUUGACUGUCUCACACGUAACUGAAGCGCGCCUCAACCAAACAUGCACUACACCCAGUGGAAGCCACGGUCGAUGCGUACCCGUAAAAGCCUGCAACUUUAUAACUGCGAUUAUCCGCAAUAAGUACGCAUCCCAAGACGACAAACGCCACUUGUACAAUUUCUUUUGCGGCUAUCUGCCGGGAAGCAGGAAAGUGCUGGUUUGUUGCCCAGAACUUAGAAGUGAAGCAAGUUGUGGACGCCUUACGCUGGAAAAUUUCAUCUUAGGUGAUGAGGAAACCGAACCGGAAGAGUAUCCCUGGACAGCAAUGCUCGGCUUCCAAGAUUUCUUGGGGCGGAAAAGCUACAGUUGUGGUGGAACACUGAUCAACGAGCGAUACGUGGUGACUGCUGCCCACUGCGUAGCCAGUAUGCGCUACCGGAAGCUGGUUGAUGUUCGUCUUGGAGAAUGGGAUUUGAAUACAACGCUAGACUGCAGCAAAACGGAAUGUUUUGUAGAAUUCCAGGAUGAUUAUCCGAUAGAGAAAGUCAUAGUCCACGAGAGAUUCUCGCUCAACAACCUUAACAAAGCCAACGAUAUCGCUCUUAUAAAGUUGAAUAAGACUAUAGAACAAACGAAACUUGUGGCUCCAAUAUGCAUACCAACACCUGAGAUGGACGAUUCAAUUGAAAUUGAAAGAAGCUUGUUCGAUGUGGCAGGUUGGGGAACAACCGAAACAGGAUUUUUCAGUCGCCGGAAGAUGAAGGUUACCUUACCGGGGCAGAGAAUCGAGUCGUGCAACCAAGCUUUUGCAUCCUACAACGUGUCCUUCACAGAGUUUCAGCUCUGCGUCGGAGGUGUUGAUGGGAAGGAUUCCUGCAAAGGUGACUCCGGUGGCCCGUUGAUGAUGAUCAUGAACAACCGAUGGCAUCUGGUGGGCAUCGUCAGUCUGGGGGCCAAAGUCUGCGGUACAAAGAAAACGCCGGCCAUUUACACACGUUUCGGGAAGUAUUUGGAUUGGGUGGCCGGUAAGAUUGAGUUGGAAAAUCGGGGAAAAUGAAUGGUAUGACAAAGAUCAUACCGGUCUCUUUGGUGGGCUUGAUAUUCUAGGGAAUGAACUUGCCAAAAUAGUUAGAAACAUAAAAUGAAGAGAGGCAAUCGUUUUUAAAAACUUGAAAUAAAUAUGAUUACACAGCGUAACAAAAAUUAACUUUUAGUCUGUCUCAAAAGCAAACUUAUGUGUCUCUGAUUAAUUUAACCCUCGAGCAGUCGCGUUUAUGGUUGAAAAUUGAGACUGCACAAACCCUUUAAAGUUUGUA